AUGAAUAACAUUGAUUUGGGUCGGUAUAAGCGCAUGAUACAGUACUUUUGGGAUGCCGAGCCCAAAAACGAGCAGGGCCCAGGGUCAAAGAUAUGGUGUUUGGGGAAUGAAUAUGUGACGCAACCGAAGGACGAGUUCCCCGCAGGCAACAACAACGACGAUGCUGACAAGGAGGACAUCGCAGAAUCAGGCAGGGCGUUCAUACAAGAUAAUACACAGAUAAACGACGGCGGAAAUUAUAAGGCCCUCAAAUCUGACAAAGACGACUCCGCAGCAGCAGCAUCUACAAUAGAAUCAUCAAAGGAUCUCGGCUGGCCCAAGCCCUUUCUCGAUGACUUUGAAUCACGAAUCUGGAUGACAUACAGAUCCAACUUUCCGCCCAUCGCAAGAUCCGAAGAUGCGACUGCAGCGCAAGCCAUGACACUCAGCGUUCGGCUGCGGAGUCAGUUGACGGAGCACCAUCAAGGGUUUACGUCGGAUACUGGUUGGGGGUGCAUGAUUCGGUCUGGACAGAGCCUUUUGGCUAAUGCGUUGGCUAUUUCAAGACUGGGACGAGACUGGCGACGAGGUAGUCACGCGACAGAAGAGAAGAAUUUACUUUCGCUAUUUGCAGAUGAUCCGGCUGCACCGUUCUCGAUCCAUCGAGCACUUUCAGAAGAAUACAAAGACGUAGGCAUGAACGUCUACGUGAGCAGCGACAACACAUAUGUCUACGAAGACAAAUUCAAAGCAGUUGCGUACAACCAGCCAGAUCGCAUGCGACCUACCCUGAUCCUUCUCGGAACCAGGCUGGGAAUCGACCGAAUCACUCCAGUGUAUCGAAAGGGACUUGAGGACUUGCUCAGGCUGCCCCAGUCGCUAGGAAUUGCAGGUGGUCGACCGUCGUCAUCCCAUUACUUCAUCGGCGUUCAGAAUUCGUUCUUCUUCUACCUCGAUCCUCACCAUACCCGUCCCGCGCUUCCGUACAGAGAAGAUUUCGCAUACACACAAGACGAAAUCGAUAGUUGUCAUACCCGACGUCUUCGACGCAUCCACAUCGACGAUAUGGAUCCAAGCAUGUUGGUCGGAUUUCUGAUUCGUGACGAAAACGACUGGACUGACUGGAAACGGAGGAUCGUAUCGUCGCGUCAAGAGAAUGGUGGAAAAGCGAUCAUUCAUAUCGUUGACACCGAAAGCGUGCCGACGCCGACAAUGGAGCGAGAAGCAGCUUUAGAUGAAGUGGAAGCACUCGACGAUGACGAUGAUAGCGAGUUAGUGUAG